AUGGAUCGUCUGAUGGGGGUAAUGCUAAGCAUUGCAGUUCCUGACGGAGACUCAGUGCUGGACCUCUUCAAAGUUUCUUCAACUCGCCCCUGUAAACUGAAGACUGGGGGUGAGUUUGCUUCUUCUUUUCCUCAUCCUGAAGGGCCAUCAUGAGUAAUUAUAUCAAGCUCAGGUGAUUGAAACAGCAAGCAAGGUCCAAAGAGCACUAGUCCCACUAUGGGAUUGGGACUGAAUGAGUGAGCACUUUAUGUGGAGUGGGAAUGAGCAAGCAUAUUAUGGGUAAUUUACUGGGCACCUUGAAGCAACCCAUAUUUCACAGCCCUGCUGACCACAAGCAGCAGAACAAUCUUUUGGCCACUGGCAAUCUGAGAGUUGUGUGGUAGCAGGGAGGCCAUUGUAACUUGUCCAAAGUCUCUGCCUGGGUAGAAACUCACCAGCCCUGCUGAAGCUGUUUUCCCCACUUCAAUUGUUUACAUAUUGGAAAUGGGCUUGCAAAUAGAUGGAUAAAUAAAAAUACAGCAUGCAACUCUUCUAUACUAUAAAGAUGGUCUUUUCAGUGCGAGUUAGAUGUGAGUAACUAUAGAGAGGGUGGCACUGUGGUCUAAACCACUGAGCCUCUUGGGCAUGCUGAUCAGAAGGUUGGCAGUUCGAAUCCCUGCGACGGUGUGAGCUCCCAUUGCUCUGUCCCAGCUUCUGGCAACCUAGCAGUUUGAAAAUAUAACAGCGCAAGUAGAUAAAUAGGUACCGCUGUGGCGGGAAGGUAAAGGGCGUUUCCGUGUGCUCUGGCUUUCAUGUUCCGUUGUGCCAGAAGCGGUUUAGUCAUGCUAGCCACAUGACCUGGAAAGCUGUCUGCAAACAAACACCAACUCCCUCAGCCUGAAAAGCAAGAUGAGUGCAGCAAACCCAUAGUCACCUUUGAUUGGACUUAACUGUUCAGGGUUCCUUUACCUUUACCUUUUAACUAUAAAGUCUAUUAUAUAACAGAGCAAAAUUCAUCUACAAGCUUCAUAUUCUACUUAUUAAAUCAGCCUUUCUCAACCUUGGGUUCCCAGAAGUUGCUGGAGUACAACUUCCAACAUCCCUGACCACUGGUCCUAGCUUGGGAUGAUGGGAGUUGUAGUCCAACAACAUCUGGGGACUCAAGGUUGGGAAAGGUUGUAUUAGACACUUCCUCCUAGGAGCCUAGGAUAGCAUACAAAGUUCAUCCCAAGGUUCUAUGAUGUAGGUUAGCCUGAGAGGGAAUGGCUAGCCAAGAUCAUCCAGGAAGCUCCAUGGCUGAGUAGGGAUUUGAGACUGAAAUUCUCUGGUUCUAUUUCAGUGCUCAAAUCACCUAUACCACAUGGGCUCUAUUAGUCCAUUAAUCAACCAGACACAAGGUAAAUGCAACACUACAAGCCCCUGGGCUAUAUUUCAGCCUAAUAGGUUCAUUUCAAGUACGUUAAGUCCUGUAAUGGUAUGAUGGACCUUAUAGUAUUUAAUGAUUUAUAAUAUUAUUGUGGAUGAUUCAAGGGGGGGCAACUGAAAUGCAGAUGCUGGCAAAGUACAGUCAAUACAUUUUACAUACAGAAAUUAGUCAUGUAGGUCAAUAUCUUUAUACUUUUGCAUUUUGGUUGGAUCAUAAUUUUUGAAGGAAAAAGAUUUGCCCUUUCUACUUUCACUUCAAAAAACCAGAAUCAGUUGAGAUUCCAUCAAAGGCAGUGGAACAAAUUUAACUUCAUGGUAUAAUUCCACCGUGAUCUUUCAUAAACAUUAAAUUAUAUCCAUAAUUUGUAACUGUGUGUAUGUGUGUGUGUGUGUGUGUGUGUGCUGUUAAUUCAGACUCUGCUUAGCAUGCCACACCACAACUGUUAUACAACUGAUAGCUGUUGCAGUAGCAAUUUGUUCACUAAGCUGAAACCCUUUCAUUGACUAACUGGAGUUCACAUUCCCUCAAAGUAAUUGGAAAAAUGCAUCUGGAGUUAGAUGGACUUUGCUAAUUUGUUUUAUUAUGCAUGGAAAUAUUGGUAUAAAAAGGUGUUUCAAUUAUUUUCUAUGGCAGGGACCUAUGUAUUCUCUGUACUCACAAAGACUUUAAAUGGAGUUAUUUUUCCCUGCCUGUAAUCAUCCCCCCCACUUUUAAGUACCCAGGCAGAAAAAAGUAAGUUUACUGCUCCUAGCACAAUGGCCCUCUUCACUUUUAGGUUUGGGAGACCUGGGUGACCUACGAAAGUUAAUUAGAAGGCUAACAAAGACUAAGACAGAGUAGAAUACAUCGCCUCUCCUCCAGCCAAAGAUGUCAUCCAUUAAUUAGGGAAAUCGUUAAGGUGGCCUUUAUUGAAUCCAUUGAAAAUCGGCAGUUGGCGGUCGACAGUUUUGAUCAGAUUUUCUUCUCCCCAAUAAAGCUGGCCUUAAUGGUACGAAAAGUAGAAGGGAUGAGUGUGGUGAACUAGCAAGGAGAAGGGAAGCGGGGGGGGGGUGGAGAACCGGGGAGGGGUGGGAAGUAUGUGUUUCAGUGACAUUACAGUUAAACAGCCACCAAUUGUGAUGGCUUUGAUUCUCAGGCUACAUGGCAUAGUUUUUCCAUGAUGUAAUCUUUAUUGAACCUGGAAUCUGAGGGGGAAGCUAGCUGUUGCCAGUCUCGCCUCUCUUGGACUUAGGGGACUCUGGAUGUUGACAGCACAGCGAUAAGAGGCGAAACUCACUUGCAUUUUGCCAUCUGAACAUCAUUUCUCUUAAUACCGAGCUUGUUGGCUGGUUAGUUAAAACAUCUCUCUACAGUUACAAAUAUAUACACAUAUGUUAUAAAUAUAUACACAUGCUUAGCUUGAUCCGGUGACACUUGUUUUCAAGAAUGGGUUGAAUUUUGUUCCUUUUUUUCUGUUUGGGUUUCUCUCUCCUCCCUUUUCGCUCUUUGAACUGCAACACUUCCAAACUGCAUCCGCAUGAUACGAGAGUAUCCGUGUGACACAAUAUCGCCCCAUGCAAUCGUUUUCACAUAAUAAUUUUAACUUGUUUUUAUUUGAUGGUUGAGAUGAGGCUCUCAAAUAUGAAAAUUGCAUGGGGCUCGGUUAAUAAUUUUAUGUUCUUUGGGAAGGAGCUGCCCCCCUCCUUCUCUCACACACAUACCACCCCUUUCCCUGUUAAACAAGCUGUAUCUCUUACAGCAGUUCACACACUUGAGAAUUUGAUGUCUCUUCUUGAAAUGCAGUAGACAAGGACUUACUGCACCACUAUCUGUCCAUCUGUGCAAGCUUCUUGUAUCUAAGCAACUUUUCAUUUGGGGUGUAUGUGUGUGGGGGGGGGGGGAGAGAGGCAAAAUGCAAGGGUGUCACUUUGCAGAGAGUAUAACACAGAAAACAGCUACUCCAGAGUGGCAUGUUUACCUUCUCAGAAUUGCAGCCCUAAUCCUGUAUUCAUUGUACUGAUCUAGUGAGAGCUUUAAGUACUUAAAGAAUGACAGAUCAGGCUCCCUUUGAGUGUUUGGAUAAGUGCACAUCUUUAGUCUGGAAAACUGUGUAAAAAUGUUUUAGAAACUCCAUUUUGUGUUGGGUUUCUUUUAGGAAGAAAAGUAUGAGGAUCAAUGGUACUACGUAUUUAAAAUUAUUUCCCCAUAUUAACAGUGAAAUCCUAGGCAUGUCUUCUCAGAAGUUCUACUGAAUUCAGUGAAACUUACUCCCAGGUACAUGUGUGCAGGAUUGCAUACUUACCUGGGAGUAAGUCCUAUUGACUUCUGAAGCACUGGAGUAGACAUGAAGGGGACUGCAAUGGACAUUGUUGUCUUAAAUAAAGCUCAGGUUCUGUAGACAAACCAAAUUGUACAAAUUAACAGAUUGUAUUGUUUUAUGUAACAGACCUAGCAGAUCAUUUUUCUCUUUUUUCCCAUAAGCAUGUUUCAUUAGUAUGUUUUAUGUUGAAUCUAAUGCAUGACAUUUUGUAGAAUCUGAAAACUUUUGGGGCAGGACACACAAGCUAGAUCAUAAAGCCUUUUACAGAUGCUUGUUAUUGUUUCCAAAAAGUAUUUUCACAAUCAUUAGGGCUUCCAUAAAGUAAAAAUUAAAUUAAAUUAAAUACAUUUCCUAAAAAUAUUAAUUGCUGGGGAAAGGAUAAGUAACACUGCAGUCAUAUACAUACUGAACUAGGAGCAUGUCAUGCUGAACACAUGUUUGCAUUGCACUGGAAGUCUACCUUGCCAGUCAUUUUAGGGGGAAAGGAUAUAUAUCCUUUGGAAAUAAAACCAUAAAUUAUCCUGAUUUAAUACUAGAUAAGGCUGCUCCUUUUUGUUAAAACUAACAGUUCAACACUUCAACUUUAAAUCCUAUACUCGCUUACCUGGGAGUAAACCUCACAUAGCUCAAUGGGUCUUCUUACUUCUGUGUGGACAUGUAUAGGAUUACACUGUAAGUGGCUUACUUCAAUCUUAUAUUGGUUCAGCCUUUCACUAACUUUGUCUCUUGCCAUUCUAAGCAUUUGUAUGAUCAUCCUUGCUCCCUGUCAACAAGUUGGAUAAGUCAUUCAUUUCUAUUUAAAGAGAAGACUCCACUUUCCUGUGAGUUGUGCUUGAAGUGAUUCACUGCAGUUGCAAAUACAGAUUCAGAUGUCACCUGGAACUUUCUUUGGAGAAGAAUAUGCUAUCACAGAAUAAAAUUCCUGGUUUGUGGCUCUGUGCCCCCCCCCAGUUAAUAUAUUCUGAGGAUCAUGGAGGUUGCAGGUCUUCCCUAUAACUUGUAAAGUGAAUGUUAAUAACUUCACAACUUAAACUGGUAUGUACCCUGCUUCUAAGUGGGGAGAGAGUUUUUUAGACUGCUUUUAUGUUUGGAAUGCCAAUUGACCAGAUUUCCCAAUAAACUUACUUUUAUUAAUAGUUUAUUAACUUCAGCCUCUGUGCCUGGCCUAUUCAAAUAACCACUAUAUUAAAUUUAUUUCUAUCCUGCCCUUCCACUGCAUUUGCAAUACUAUAGGCUGCUUACAACAUACAAUAAAAUCCAACAAAAAUAAAUAAUCAACAAAAAACAAUAAACAGCAGUAAAACAGAAACGGGCAUGCUAGUGGCAAAACCAAAAACAGAGGGGCAUCCAUAGCAGAAUUCUGAAUGUAGCUGGUCAAAUGCCUGCUAUAUAUGCAUAUAUUUAAGCAGCAAGAAGCAAGGAGAAAGAGGGCCAAACUGACCUUCUGAAGUAAGGAGUUCUGUAAUCCAGGCAUAACCACAGGAGGAAGUCCUCUCCCACAUCUCCAGCAGCCAUGCCUGUGUGUUGUACUGUACACUACUGCUGAACUGCUAUUUUUGUUUUAUAUGAGGAAUUGAGACACUCAUUUCACCCACCCAAUGACAAGUGAUCCAAAGGCAAAGUAGGAAGGCUGAUUUGUGGUAGUGACAAGCACUAACUACUGGUUUCGUGUGUGUGGCUAUGACCCAAGAAAAUGGUUGAGGGUGCAAGGUUAGGAGAUUGGCAAAAAUGUUUACUUGUCUUCAAGUUUUCUACAGAGAGCUGCAUACCUUGGACUAUUCUUCUCUUUUCUCGCUGUGCAAACAGAAGGAAAAAGGGGAAAGUGUAUAAAGUUCUUCAGUGCUAUGAAGAAGAUAAGAUACAGGAAGUAGAAUGCGGAAGUACCUGUAAUUUGUGUGUGCGUAUGUGUUACCUAUAGCACAUUUUCCUGUGAGAUUUUCCUAAUAGUUUUGUGGAAUGUUCCAUGAGGAUAAAAAGGAGAAAUAGGGACAGUGGUAAGCCAGCAACAUGGUGUGUUUUUUUAUGAAAGCCAUUAAGUCUAGAGAGAACAUUUUAGCAAGAGUUAGCACAGCACUUCCUAAAUAUACGGUUGCAUCAGUUGUAACUGUAAUCCCAUAAUAGUUCAACAAUGACUCAGAUAUGAAGGUGUCUGGAAAGGGCUGCCCCAGGUCUUGUGGCAUUCCAAAGCCCAAUGCUAUCAGAGUUGGAGGGGGAACAAUCCCUAUAUACUUGGAGGGAACCAAACACUCUGCCCUGCACCCAAGUUCCAUUAUUCCAAUGACAAAGGGGGAGACCAUGACUCCUAUCUACCAGGAAAUUUAUCACUUACCUAAAUUAUCCAAUGAAACCCAAUCUAUGGUGGCAGGAAUGGUUCUCCGGAAUGGUUAAAACAACCUUCACCAACCUGGUGCCCUCCAGAUAUUUUGGGCUACAACAGUUCAACGUUAACUGGCUGGGGUUGAUGGAAGAUGAAGUCUUAAGUAUCAGUCAGGUUUUGGACUGACUUGGGUUUAUGGGAGUUGUAGUCCAAAACAUCAGAAGUACAAGGGUGACGAAGGCUGGAUUAGUUUUUGGGGCUUGGACUGGGGAGACCCAGAUUGAAAUCCCCACUCAGUUAUGAAGCUCUCUAGCCUUGUAGUCAGUCACUAUAGCUCUUACAUAAUCUACCUCACUUGCUGUGAGGAUUAAGAUGGGGUGAAUGGAAACAAAUCAAGAACAACAAAAUCAUAAAUACAAAUACAAAUGACAGCAAGAACAAAAAGAACAGUUGCCAAUUGCUCAGAAGUAGUACCAUUUGACCUCUGGAGCAAUGUAUGAACUUCAGAAUAUGCUUUUGGCUACUUGCUGUCUGCUCCAUCAUUGCUUACUCAGCUAAACACUUAAAAAACCCAAUAGGGCAUUGGUUCUCAAGUGAUGGGUUAGGAACCACUACCAGGUCAUGGCCUAAUCCAAGGUGGGUCACAAGAGAGGAACUACUACUAUGCAAAUGUAUGGUGAAAAAUUGAGAAGUGGGUCCCCAAAUGCAUAUUGUGUAAAAGACGGGUCCCAGGUCUGAAAAGGUUAAAGACUUCUGCAGUAGGUCAUCUCCCAAGUACAUAACUCCAGUUCUGAACAUAACAUAUAUAAAAUUGGCACAACUAUCUCAAUGAAGUUUGGGCUGCUGUAAUGUAUAGAUUGAGACUGAGAACCAUUUUCUACUCCAGUAUAGAAAAUGGAUGUGCACUGGUUCACUGUGAAAAUUAGAAUAAGGAAAUGUACUCUAAUGGUAAGUUCUGUGUGGGAGGCUCUAACUUUACUGACUGUUUACAAGUCCUAGCUGAAUCUGGACUUCACCCCCCCACCCCCACCCAAGUACUCCAUUCAUCUGGACUGCACAUAUAACUAAUGGAUGACAACUAUAUAUUUAUUAUACUAAAAAAAAAACCAUUACCCACACAGGUCACAAGUAACUAAAUUGGAGGUAUCCUUUUCUAUGAAACUGGCAUGUUUGGUAUAUAAAGUGUGAUUAUGUGCUGAAACAUAACUGGGAUAAAAAUAUUAAUAAACUGACACAGUGUCAUAGUAUAUGAAACAUAUUUAAAUAUAAUACAAAUUAAAACCAAUGUAUGUCUCUAAUAAAGUCUGAAGCAGCAAAAGGGUUCCAAGUUAGAAUCAUAUGGAAUGACCAAGUGUCCAAAAACUGCUUAGUAUGGCUCAUAACGGUCAUAAAUAAAAAUGAACUUGUGUUUCAACCAAGGUCUUCCCUAGUGGUGAGAACAAAGUGAUUUACCAGGCAUCUUUUUCAACCUAAUUGAUAAGCCAGAACCUUUAAUACUUCAAGAUGCUAGGACUUUCCAUUAAAGGGGCCUAAAUGGCCUGGGGUUGAGAUGUGGAAAGGAGCACAUCUUCCAUAUCAACCUGCUAAGAGUGAGUUGAGUUCUUCAGUGGAAGCCUUUCUCCAAGUGCUUUCCUCAUGGAGAAGUAUGUUAUGUAGCUACAAAAGCCUUCUCAGGACAUACCCUGACUUUGGUAUGUGCCCCACCAAUUAUUAGCUCCAACAUUACAGUCAGCUUGGAAACAUUUAUAGUUGCAGAGGCAUUUUUAAUGCUCAUGUUUAGUCUGCUUUAUUGGCUUACUCAAGUUGUCAUUGUGGCCUCUUAUUUUGCUAAUCUGUUGUGAGGUUUCUAAUGUUUUAUUACUGUAAUAUAUUGGUAUUUAAUAUGAAUAGUUAUUUUAACCGUGCCCUGUCGUACCAGGCUGUCAAAUAUGACAGGAUGAAGUGGGAUAUAGCAUUAUUUAAAAUAAACAAAUAAAUAAUUCUCCCUCAUUCCCUGCCAUUUAUUUUCCAUCGAUGUUCCUUCUCCUCUUAGGAGAGAGAGAGAGAGAGAAUGUGGGGAUGGGGGUGGGGAGACAGGGAGAAGGAAGGGAGAGAGAGAGAGACAUUUUCUUUCACACGAGCCCUCAGAAUUACAGUUCAUGAACUAUUCAGUAAACUGACCGGCCUGAACCUCCCCUUCAACGGCCUAAUCUAAGGGGUGGAUCUAUGUGUUUUGUUGCUUGUCAAAAACAAUCACUCCUCGGCCCAUUACAUUUACAGCACGUCGUCCUUUAAUUGGUGUAACACACUGAGGGCUGAAAGGAAGAAAGUCCUACAAAAGAGCCCGAGUGAAUGAACCCUGACUCACACAAAAAUACUCUUCAGAAGUUCAGAGCCGGGCACUAACAAGGAGGUAGAGAGUUAGCUGGAAAAGAGGUUAAGUUCAGAAAUGUGCCACCUUGAAGAUCCUCCCUUCAAAGCCAUGAUAACAUUGACAAGAUGAAGGGCAAAGGGGGGGGAGGGGAGUUAAUCAUUCCUGGACUGGGGAGAGUUUAACAAAAUAGGGGAUCGAGAGGAUCCUUUUGCCCCCUCCUUUCCUCUCCACCUCUUCAUUUUGAAGGAUUUUUAAAAUUUUAAUUCUUUUUUUUUUUUUAAGGCAGCGAUAUGUGCGCUUUUCUUUUCCUCGGCAAUCUUCUUUCCAUUAACAUCUUCCCUCGGUCUCUCGCCCUUCCUCUAUUUAAUCGAAUCGACGAGAAGCAUCUUUUUAAAUGUGUUUUUACAUUUUGAGAGGUGGGAAGAAAAGUGUCUGGAGCGGGCAUAAGAACAAGGCAAAUCAAAGGAGGAUUUAAAGAUUGGGACUUUAAAAUGAUGGGUCAGGAGGAGGAGGAGGGAGAAAACAGCUAAACUUGACGGGAGAGGGGAAAGGAAGACUAAAUAGCAGGGGGUGGGUGGGGUUGGGAGGCGGGGGGGGGGAGAGAGGGGGGGAACCCGAGUCCUUUCUCUGACAACUUUGAUUACUGUGAUCUGCAUGGAAUAAUUACAACAUAUCUUCUGUGUCACAAAGUUCCAGGGAGACUUUUCUUUCUCUGAACUCCCAGCCAUUUCUUUGCUUAGUAGCUGUCAGGGAAUUGGUGAAAAGGAGAAAGGGGGGGAGGGAGGGGGGAGGGGGGAGACGGGGCGGGGAAAGACUUGCUUUUGUUUUGUUUUUUUAAGGCUUCAGUUCAACGGAGCCGAAAAAGUCAGAUUCCUCCGUUCUCUUCAUUUGUCGCUAAUGUUCAAGGGUAGACGUUCCUGGAGUUCCCUAUCAAACAACACAGGAAUUGUUUUGUUUUGUUUUGUUUGGAAAGGGUUUUUUUGUGUUUGUUUUUAGAGGAUAGGGACGGAUCCGAGGUUUGGGAUGUGAGACUCCUGAAGGCCCUGUGAUGAGCCGAAGAAAAAUUUCAAACUAUUAUUAUUCUUGUCUCUUCUUCGCAUUCUAUUAUCAAAAGCAACAACAAGAUGAGUGAACUCCAGGUUGACCAAAGUUCAGUGAUUGCAGGUCUCCUAUCCACUCAAGUCAGGCCUGGAGAAGAACCUCAGUGUCAUGCAUAUAAAAGACAGAAAUAUGAUGGAAGAGGGAACUUUCUUUUAAGGGCGGACCCCUGUCUUCUACCGAAACUGUGCUCUUACUGGAGAUAAAGUCAGCUUUCUCCACGGCCCCCCUCCUCCAAAUUCCCAGCUUUAAUGAACUUUGUCCAGCACUUCAUUCCCUGCCCAGAUCUCUCUCUCUCUCUCUCCUAUUUCUUCUUCUUCUUACUAUUUUAAUGUAAAUGCCAUCUUUUGGGUGGGUGCCUGGAGUAGGGAGUUAAUGAUCCCCCCCCCACUCCUUGCACCCUGUUAAUAAAUUAAUGCACCUUUCAUUGCUCCUACACGCAUCUGAACCUCGAGCUUUGUGUUUUGCUGACUGACCCUUCGUCCUUUUACUUUUGUGGGCGAGUUGCCCCCAUGCUAAAGCUGGGGGCUCUUCUCUUCUCCCCACCUCGCCCCCCUCCUUAAAUCAGCUCCCUACAGUCCUACCCGAGUUUGUAAUCCGUCAAAAAGCCGUUGAUUGCUGCAAGCGUUACUUUUUCAUGAGGGAAACUUCGAAGCAAUUUGAGAGAGAGCCCGGCUCAAUGAAUACAUUUGCCCCCAGAUGCUCCCCCCUCGCUCCCCUCCAUUCUUCGCCUGCACUUGAUGAGUUUCUCUGGCACAAAUCAGCCCUUACAGGCACAGAAUGGGCAAUCCCUUGAUCCCCAUCAAUUGUCAUCCCGAGUUUGGGCCACUUUGACCGCCAAUAGUGGGGAAGUCAGAGCUAAUCCUCAGAAGGAAUCACGGGAAAAGAAAGGCAACAAUAACCAAGUCAAGCGUAAAAAAUGAAAGAGAAAUCUCUAUUAUCACCCACUACAUUUCCCAGCGAUGUAGUGAAAAAAUCAGCUCGUUUGUCAUUCGAGUCAGACACCCGGAGAAGAAUAUGGGGUCGUGGUGGGUUGGUAGACUCACACGACGUAAAGGAGCAAUAUUUGAGAGCAAAAGGCCUCUCCCUUUGCCAAAUCCUCCUCACAUCCGCCAUAACCAUUAAAUACAGACUGACUUUAUUCUGUAUGGGAAGGGCGAGGAGGUGCGGGGGGGAGGACAAAAAAGCCCAAAGAGCUCGGAGGAAGAAAUGGAAGCGCCCGCAGCCUCAGCCUCCUCCUUCCCCUCCUCGCUUAUAAUGGCAUAAACGGCUCUGCAUGGGUGUCAGAGGCGCUCUCUCUCUCUCUCUCUCUCUCUCUCUCGUGUGUGUGAAUGUAAUAAAGGAGAGAGAGAGUUGUAUGUCGGUGUGUCAGGACGUGUAGGAUUGAUACUGUUUUCUAUUUCAGAGAGAAGCCGAGGGUCUCCUCAGAAUGUCAGUGUUUGUGUGACAGGAAGAAAACUGUGAUACCAAGCUCGGGACCUCGGUGUGUAUGUGUGUUGUUGGUACUGGCGACCACUUGUGCUGGUAUUGGCGACCAAUGUUCUACUACUCCACUGUUGGGUUGAGUGCCACCUCAGAAACCACGUGCUUUUAGGAUGGAAAGAAGGGAACCUGCAAGGAAAAGCGCGGGAAAGUCCUGCGCGCGAGCGCGAAAAUUAUAUUCCUCUGCGAGAGGAGACGACUGUGAGAGAGAAUGUUUCAUUAAAAUGAGUGUAUGCUGAAAGAGUGUGAUGCAAAAGCGAGAGAGUUCAGUGUGCGCGAGAGAGGGAAAGGGGGCAGAUAUAUAUAGAGAGUACGCUUGUGUGGCUAGAAUACAUGGAACGAAACGAAACAAAAUGAAUGUGUGUGUGCGCGCGCGCAUUAUUCAGAGGAAUUGCAUUGGCAUAAUUGAACAGUUGAAAGGCGGAAGACCCUGUGCUGUUAAGAGAGAGAGAAAGAGUGAAAAGAAAAGGCACCUUUACACAGAAAAUGUUAGGAGUGCUGGACCGAAGGGUAGCAGGAGAAUAAAAGUGAGGGGAAGGGGGAUCAUAAGAAUCCAUAUGAACGAGUGCAUGGCAAAUGGUGUGAAAGUGUGUACCAAUGAAUUCAGAGAAAAGUGGGUAAUCGUAGUGUGAACGUCACAAGGAGGAAGAUCACGCCUGUGUCUGUGCGACCCCCCCCCCUUAUAUGCUUCUGUCUGUUUUGUUCUUCACCCGUAUAGCAGUAGGGGAAAUGGGGAGAAUACACUGGAAUGAGGCGAAGUGUUUACUUGAGAUAGCACUUCUGAGCGGGAAGUUGCAUGUCACCUCAAAAGUGCCUGGACAGAAGAAGAAGAAGAAGAAGAAGAAGAAGAAGAAGAAGAAGAAGAAGAAGAAGAAAUUGGCAGUGUGUGAGAGGGACUGUGUUUCCGUCAGACAUUUCCAUCCACCACCACACAACAGGCGUGUUUUUGCCUCAAGCGCAGCACACACCCCUCAGCUGUCUCCUAGGUUGCCACCAUCCCUGUGAGGGGUGUGCCUCUGUUAUUAUUUGUAUUCAUUAAAUUUGUACACCGCCCUAUACCCGCAGGUCUCACAACACAAAAUCACAAUAUAAAAUAUGCGCGUAAGGGAGCGCACGGGACUGCAAGAAGCGGCCGGUUACGCCUGCAUCGCAAGUCAAGGGAAGCCCCGGGUGCAACUUGGUCAGUUAUAUCUGGGUGGCUUCUUCGGACACGGACGGCCGAGAGAGAAAAGGAACUGCGAGGACGUGCGUGGAGAAGGCGGCGAGAAGUCCGAACUGCGCGUGCGCGAGGUGCGCGGGUGGCAAAAGGAGGCCAGCCUGCGAGGCUGGAAUAGAGACAGAAGCAUCUGGGCGCAUCCUGCCUGUCUCUGCGCUGGUGUGGAGUGGUCGUUGGAGGUUGCGAUCCUCGACGCCCCUAGGUGGGAAUAAGCCCCCUGAAUAGGCUGCGUGUAGGUUGUGUAACCAGGUGCCUGCCCACGGCUGCCAGGUUGGCUCCCAGGACCCCAACCAAGCUGCCAUUUCGGGUGACCUCCAGAGCCUGGUGCUGCCGCGGGUGAUGAUGGUGGUGGAGGGACUGGGGGGGGGGAGGUUGUGAGGGAGGAGGAGAUGGAGGCAGAGCAGACAGAAAGAGGGUCGCCGGGAGGGGGCUAUGGAGGGGAAGAAGCCGCUCGGAGACUUGGGAGAGGGAGAGGGAGAGAGACGGCAAACAUUGCCACUUUCCACGCUGACACCUACAAUUAACCAAUCUAAGGGUGUGAUUCCUUUACUCCGCGGCCAAGCAAGGGGCGAAGUGAGCACUAAAGAGCCGGCUGCCAAGCGCUGGGCUGAAUGAUGGAGGGCUUGGUGGAGACAAGUAAACAACUUCAUAGGUCCGAGAGAGAGAGAGAGAGAGAGAGAGAGAGAGCGAGCUGUGGGCAGAUGAUCAGGUCCCCCCUCCCAUUCUUUUGAAACUAUCUCGGAGAGAAGGGUUUUCCUUGUGGUCCCCAUAAAAUCCAGGGGUUUCGCUCCUUUUGAGGCUGUCCAAGUGGACUGCGCUUUCAGAAAGCGAGGAGAUCAAGGGCUUUGAGGAGCAAUCCUUUGCAUCUCUGCUCAGAAGUAAGCCGCGUUUAGUCCAAUGGGCCUUACCCCCACCGAAGUGCGUAUAGGAUUGCAGGCUAGACGUGUUAUUUACACGGGGGAAAUGCCAUUAUGAAAAGACCAUGGAUCUUUUUCUUUUCUUAAUAAGAAACUUUUGCUUGUUAAACGGUGCAGCACAUUUGGUUUAUCAGAAACGCCUAUUUACAUUAAAUUAAAAAAGGACAAUGUUUUAAUAGCAAUUUAAAAAAAUAACUGAAUUGAACCACCCACAUAGAUGAUAACUUUGUAUUAAAGGGGAACAACUUAUUACUUAACAAUUAACAUACUUGGGUGCCCUAUGUUAGGCAAGCAUCCCCAAGUAGCGUGCAAUAAUCACGUGCGUUAAAAGAAUAAUGGAGACAUCUCAAAUGUUUUCUUUCUUAAACAUGUUGAUGGUUUUCUAGCGGGGUGGAGUGAGUGAGUGAGUCUUGUUUACCAUCUACUAUCAGAAAAGAAUUUAAACUUCCCAUAGGAAAUACAUGUACUCAGAAGACAGCCCCACAAAUUUCAGAUAAAAGUCCUUACAGUCCUAGUAGAGGCCAAGACCUGUGAAGUUUGUCCCGCAUCUACAAUUCCCAUACGUCUCAAUUCUGAGACAGCGAUUUCUCCUACUGUCUGCACUUUACAGUACACAGAAAAUACUACUGCUUCCUUUCCUAGCAGAAAGGAUGGCUUUAACUUUUAUCCCGUGGUUUGGACUUUGGCUGACAGAGGGAGGCUAACUCGAAUGACCCAUAUUUGAUGGUCCUCUUUCUUACGCCGGAGAAGGUAGAAAGAAUGUGAUAUGGAUGAACAACUAUUUUUAUUGUUAUCCCUACUGUUGUUAUUCUUAUUCUAUCAAAGCGUGUUCGAGGUGUAGGGCUAAAUGCUGUCUUGCAUCGAAGUACCUUGCUGUUAGCGCAGGGAUGCAUCUCACAUUUUUAUCUGACGAAGAGUUUGAUAACAUCACUUCCAACAUGCACGGAAAUGUUUGGGCAGCUUCUAAAGCCUGUUGGAGUUUGGGCUCCCGCGUGUGUGCGUUAGGUGUCUAUCUUUACUGAAAGGAUCCGUUGGCAUGACAUAGAGAGAGUUUAUCGAAUACAUACAUCUGUUUCAGAAAUAACUGGCUUGGAAUAAAGGCUUGGUGGGAUUGUUUGUUUGUUUGCAGUGGAUCCAGUUCUCUUCUCUCCUUACCAGACAAAGAUGAACAAAGUUCGCCUGGAGUCAGUCACCCAGACCUCUUCGCAGAAGCGGUCCAGCAGCAAAUGUUUGAAGUAGGUGGAUGCAAACGAGACUUCUGGAGGCUGCGGGAUUCCACAGUGCUCCGAGCCUCGCUAAACUGAACGUCCGGUGCUUCAUCCGUAGAAUAGACAGAAACUAUUUUGUAAUUGACACUUUUUUUAAGUGUGAAAGGAUGGCUGAGGGCCAGAUUUCAAAACAACGGAGACAAUUGGGUAGCUCGGUAGACCUUUAAACCACCCCCCCCCCAAAAAAAACAGCAAGGCGAGGAAGGUGGAGCUUUUAGCAAGGCAAAAUCCCCCUCCACACGCGUGGUAGGUGUUCUCUCUUAUCUUUGGGCUGCUGCUCGUCCUUGUUAGACUGAACCGCUGCUUAUAGGCAACCUUUCGACUGCGGUGUCUUGGCCCGGAUUUACAUAAAAGUGCGAUCUUUGCAUCAUCGCAGCUCUCCGAAGGGUGCUUGACGAGCGCGGGAGGCACUCUGCAAUCCCUAAUUAGUGAUUUUUGUCCUCUUGUUACUGGGCUCAGCAUCUCAUGCAAAUGAACUCUUCAGCGCAGGCACCAUCCACCCUCUCCUGGCUCCAGAAUUAACUGACUCUUAUCUUUAAUGAUAUGCUACUGAACUUCGCCGAGCCCGGCUAGCUUUUUAUCUUGAUUACUCUAAUCAAUAAGAAAUGAUAGAGUAGAAUUAUAAACUCUAUUGGCUUUUUAAAUGUUGCCGACAAGCCCUCUAGAUAGAAGCGCUUCCCUUUCAUUGUUAUUUAUUAACACGAUCUUCAGUUAACUGGGGAUGCAAAUAGGAAAAUGAACCGGGAAGGGUGGGGAGAGAGAGUUAUUACACGCAAGAGGGCCUCGUUGCCUCUUCCCCCAUUCGUUUCUCGUGCACACGUUAGAAUAUCCUGCUAGUUUGUUAGCGUCAGGCUGGGUUAAAACCAUCCAAGAAAACUUUUGUAGGGUGGUUGGGCGGAGUAGAAACAGGAGCAACUAAGCAAGCCUCCAACCUUUCCUCUUUUCCACCCUGCGCCCAACGCCCACCGAUAUAUGGUCCCUCUCUCUCUGGCCUGUAGAUCAGCACAAAAUCGCCUUUUAUUAAUCAGCAGCCUGACUCCUUCAAAACUCUCAAGUCAUAUAACGGGACCUCCCUUUUAAAGGUUCAUAAGAUCAAUUAAAAACAAAAACCAAGCGAGUGAAUUUGGCAAGGCACGAACAAGAAAAUGCGUCUCACAGAGGACAAUGGGUAUAUAAAUCGACCCAUCAGUGUCAGACACUAAUUAAAUUUAUUGGCUUCAUCGAAGCCUCACAUCCUUGACUACUUCUUCUUGACACAAGUUAUGGAAUUUUGCCUCCUAAAGAUGAGCAUAUACUCCUAUUUUCUCGAAUUCUGGCAUUUGUGAUUGUGUCAGAGAGGACCCAUACCCCUGGUGUGUCCAAAAUACCCCCAACGCACAAUACGUGUAUUAGUCAUGAGGCAAAAUCAGUUUGUGGUCAAAGUUGGUGGGGGAAAGAACUCUUUCUAACUGGCACCUGUGCGGCCAAUUAAAACCACUAAUGGUUAAAGAAACGAAACCAAACACACACAUACAAAAAAAGCCCCUGCAUAUUUACGUCACAGAAGUCAACUUUUCCCUUUUUUAAGGGAAAUUACCUUAUUCCGAAUAGGAUUCCUCGCAAGAAAAGGGAAAAGUUGACAGCUAUGAUUUACGUAGAUGCAUAUAGUCUUCUGACAUUCCUCAUGAAAAACAUUGGACGACUGUGUACUGUACUUCCACCCUUCCAUUUUAAGCACCUCUGUUGUCUCUUACAGCUCUCUCUCUGAGAUUGUGAAGGACCUAGCAGUUCGAUGAUGGACAGGUUUCAGCGGGACUUCCUUCCUAAGAAAGUAAGUAAGUUUAGGAUUGCAGCCAAGAUAUGAAAAUGCUUCAAAUGAUCGGAACAGCAACAAGUUAAAGACAUCCAGCCGAAAUCAAGCAAUUGCACAAUACGCACCAUAUUAAUGGGCUGUGAAGUUCCUUUUUGCUAAUCGACCCUUGGCAUUUUGUGCAGACGAGAUCUCACACAGAACGAUUCACAUAAUCAUAGAAUCGUAGCGUUGGAAGGGGUCACGAGGGUCAUCUAGUCCAACCCCCUGCAACGCAAGAAUAUUCACCCAAUGUGGGGCUCAAACCCACAACCUUGAGAUUAAGAGUCUCAUGCUCUAGAAGGUUAGGCAGAGAGUCCAAUCAUCUAAGGACGAGGGUGGCAAUCCUGUGCAUGCUUACUCAGGUAAGCAAACUGAACGCUGUUAGAUUUACUUCUGAGUAAGCAUGCAUAAGAUGGGGCUUCGCCAAUUUUAUGACGAUCCAGGCUUCCUUUGGCCAGAACCUGCUUCAUCGUAUGCAUCUCAUAGGCUGCCACCCGCUAUAGGGACGCUGCUGUUGUCGCUGCCAAUGCACGGCGACUCUUCCGUCAUUUGACAGAAGCACAACUCAGCCUGCCUGGUUAACAAUAUGCAGAAAGUUGUGUACUUGAGCGUGGCUCUCUUGGAUGUAGGGGGAGGAGGGGCAGGGAAGGCUUAAUGCAGCCAAAUCAUGUAGAAAUCUCUCGUCCUAGCAACAUCCUCGUUAUUAGGAAUGAUGACUAAACUGCCAGGAUUAUUCUGGACUGUAAGUUAUCAAGAGCCCACUAAUUUCACAUUAAAACCCAUUGACUGCAACAGCGUGAUUGAAGGGUUUUUAACAAUUAACAUAAUCAGAAAAUGAGCGGAGAUAAUUUUUAUUCAACUCAUUACUUUUUAAUCAUGUAUUUCUUUUAAUUAAUAUAGUCUCGGUGAAAAUAACGGGGGGGGGGGGGAAUCUCCACUGCUGGCUGUGGCGGCGAAAGUGAAAUUCACGAAUAAACGUGUCAGCCAAAUCCCAAGUCAGGAGGCUGGAGAGAGAGAGAGAGAGAGAGAGAGAGAGAGACAAGGAUUUGGGGCAAAGCAGGAGCCCGGAAGCGGGCAGACUAUGCCUUUAAAGGAAUAUUGGUAAAUCUUACAAUCUUAGCGUGUUUCUCUCCCCCGCCCCCUCUCCCCUAAAGUCCAUGGAUGAAAUCGAACUUUUCUAGUAUAAUGAGCUGGCUCUCAGGCAGAGAAUGAGAUGACACUUAAUGGAAGCUUCUUUGCCAAACAGGUGCUGAGAUGAUGAUGAUGAUGAUAUAUGAUUUGGACACUGAGGAUGCAAUCCAAUGCCCACUUACCUUGGAGUAAGCCUCAUUGAGAAGAAAUAUGGUGCACUAUUAGAGAGGGGGAAAUGUGAGGAGCGAUGUAGGCGUCACGCGGACGGCAUGACCUGACGGCUAAACAGCUUUCAGGGUAGAUUUUUUUAAAUUUUAUUUUGCGGCACUGCUGGCAAAAUAUCAUUUUUAGCUAAAACUCUCUGAGGCUGCAAGAAACGAGCUCAGUUUUAGGCGGCCGUACGGCUCACGAUCCUAGCAGCAGAGUGAACAACCGGGGCGUCUGUUUGCCUUCUUCUGAAACCGAUGUCGGAAGAUUUUCGAAAGCUCAGGGGCCUGGGAGAGGAUAAUUCUAUCCUAAAGGACAGUUUUGAAUAACGAGAGUCCUUCAGUUUUAAACCAAGCGGCUAUCGGAUCAAAUUUCUACCACGCACCCCCGCUGGCCUCUCCCACAAGUCUUUUUCACGUAUGAAUUUUGCAUAUGCAUUUUGUAAAGAAGAAAAGGAAACAUGAAUUUGGUCAAGUUUUGAAAUACAUGUACAGCUAAUCAGAUUCUUCUUUCUCUUCAUCCCUAUCGAUGAAUAUCGAGCCCUCGUUGGGCGCCAGCGGAUCAGGAAGUUAUAUUGCUAGUCUGGUAUACAAAAAAAACAGGAGACCGAAAGCCAAGUUGCAACUUUACAACGUUUGGCUUCUAGUGACGAGGACUGAAGCAGUAAUGGUUUCAGUAACUUAGUUGUUUAUUUUAUUUUUCUUAGAAUGUGGGAAGAGGAGGGUGCGUGGGGUGAAGACGUAAAAAUGAAUAAAUCUGCGAAGCUCAUUGGGGAAAACAAGAACCAAAGUCGACCCCUCGUGGAAGAAAUUGGAAACGCGCUCUCGUUAUCUCGAUCGGUCGUAACUGAUUAUGCAUUCCGCUCAUGGACUUUUCAUAUUCAGACGAGAAAACGCAAGAGGAUAGAAAGUGGAUCAAAGUUGAAAAGGAACGGUUUUUAA